AUGGGUUCUGACAUUGGUAUCGUGAAUGGUUCGUGUGUUCAUGAAUGGAAGAAAGGGUGGCCUCUACGAUCUGGUGGAUUCACUCAACUCUGCAUCAAGUGCGGAUUUGUGGAGGAAUGGAAGUGUGACAUCAUUGAAUCAUUAUCUGCCUAUGAGAAUUCUGUUUUCUGUAAUAAAUUCCACCGUCAUCAAACUGGUUGGCGAGAGUGUAACUUUUGCAACAAGCCUAUCCAUUGUGGAUGCAUAGUAUCUAGAUCUUUGUUCGAGUAUCUUGACUUCGGUGGUAUAGGUUGUGUUAGCUGUGUAAAUACUUCCCAACAUAAUAUGAUGAGGAAUACUGAAAAUCCUAACUGGCCCGUUUCGAUGACCCAAAAUAACGCAAGGGAUAUGCAUUCUGCUCAUUUUGAUGGCAGAGUGUUUGUGAGCAAUGUUGAUGAAGGAAAACUUAUGCAAUUAUGCAGAGUUGUUGAAGCUAGCGAAACCAUCCAUGUGAAUCAUGCUCCUCCGAGAGACAGCGCGAUUACAUGUAAUGGAAAAAACAAUCAAGAAGUUAAGCCUUCAUUCAAGGAAGGAGGGGAUACUGGAUUUUCGAACAUGAUUAAACCGUCUGCUCAGUCAUUAACUUUUGCUACAUUUGAAAGUAAUAGACCGACAUGGGAGAUUAAAAACACGCAUGAAUCAAAUGUUAAGCCGUCUUUGAAUAUGUGUUUGGGAAACCCUUCAGGGAGCAACUCGUUCACACCUUCGGUUGGAGAGAAUAUAGAAGGAAGACUCGAGGGGAAAGUAUCUCCUCCCUUUCAUCAAGGGCCGAGAACUCGCCCUAUAUUGCCCAAACUAUUGAAGACUGGCCUUACCAUGAAAGUAGAAACUGAAAAAGGGAUGGUUAAUCAACCACGCAUUGCCCGGCCUCCUGCUGAUGGAAGGGGCAAGAAUCAGUUACUUCCGAGAUAUUGGCCAAGGAUUACGGAUCAGGAGCUCGAGCGUUUGUCUGGAGAUUUGAAGUCCACUGUAGUGCCUUUGUUUGAGAAGGUGUUGAGUGCUAGCGAUGCAGGUAGAAUUGGUCGUCUUGUUCUCCCAAAAGCCUGUGCUGAGGCUUAUUUUCCUCAUAUUUCACAUUCUGAAGGCCUUCCUUUGCGGGUCCAAGAUGUGAAAGGGAAUGAAUGGACUUUUCAGUUCAGAUUUUGGCCUAAUAACAACAGCAGGAUGUAUGUAUUGGAGGGUGUGACCCCUUGCAUACAGGCCAUGGAUUUACGUGCUGGUGAUACCGUUACAUUUAGUCGGAUAGAUCCUGGGGGAAAACUUGUUAUGGGUUUCAGAAAGUCAUCAAAUUCGCUAGAUACACUGGACGUUUCUAAUGGCAUUUUGGCAAAGGGAGCCACCUUUUCUGGUGGAACUGAGAAUCUUCCAAUGGGAAGUAAUUGUGCCGAUCUUCUCCAUUCAACAAAAGGGAAUGGGGAGCUUCACUUAAAUGGACAUCCAAGACCUCCUCAUUUGGGUACCGGAGCAGGUGGUUUGCUUAAACCCGAAAAUGGCGAGAUGACAAACAAUAAUUCAUUGGACCAAAAAAUUUCAGCUUUAGAAAAGAAGAGGACGCGAAAUAUUGGUCUUAAAAGUAAGAGAUUGCUCAUUGGUAAUGAAGAUGCUAUGGAGUUGAGACUUACAUGGGAAGAAGCACAGGACUUGCUUCGUCCGCCGCCUCGUGUCAAGCCAAGCAUUGUCACAAUUGAGGACCAAGUAUUUGAAGAAUAUGAUGAACCUCCGGUUUUUGGAAAGAAAACAAUAUUCAGUGCCUCUUCAUCUGGGGCGAAGGAACAAUGGGCUCAAUGUGAUGAUUGCUCAAAAUGGAGAAAGUUGCCGGUCGAUGCUCUUCUUCCUCCCAAAUGGACAUGUUCUGAAAAUGUUUGGGAUACAACCAGAUCUUCAUGUUCUGCUCUAGAAGAGCUGAGUUCAAGGGAAUUAGAAAAUCUUUUGAAAUCCAGCAAAGAUUUUAAGAAGCGACGGAUUGUAGAAAACAGCAAGUCGAUCCAAGAACACGAGCCUUCUGGCUUAGACGCGCUUGCAAGUUUAGCAGUUUUAGGAGAAAAUUUCAUCGACCCUACUGAUUCCUCAGCUGGAGCCACAACUAAACAUCCUAGACACCGACCCGGCUGCUCUUGUAUUGUGUGCAUUCAGCCCCCAAGCGGGAAAGGGAGACACAAGCCAACAUGUACUUGCAACGUGUGCACGACCGUGAAGCGUCGGUUCAAAACCCUUAUGCUACGCAAGAAGAAACGCCAAUCUGAUCGUGAAGCAGAUGCUGAUGCCAAGAAAGACCAUAUUCACAAGCCUGAUACCGAAGGAGCAUCAAGAGAUAACGUAAAUCCUUUGGAAAAACAGGAAGGGAUAAAUAGAGGUCAAGCCGAAGUUGGCGAGUCCAGUGCUGGACAGAUAGAUCUAAAUUGUGAUCCCAAUCGCGACGACUCACAAGUAGAUAAUGUCGCGAAACUUAGUCGUCGACUAUGGCAAGAUAUGAAUAUGAACCAGAAUGGCGGUGUAAAAACCAUUAAUACUGAAGUGAAGGAAGAUCAGCAUUCUUCUUUGGUAGUCACUAAAUCUAAUGGUGAAGAUAAGAGAUACUUGUCUGAUGAAAGAUGCAUCGCAUCCAUUGUUAGGAACAAAGAAAAAAGAGAUGAGGUAUACAGUCAUUCAAAUGAAAGUCAAAACAAUCUGUCUUAA